AUGUCCUUCCUCCCGGCCGGGGUGCGUUAUCUAGCAGCUAGCACCUGUACCGCAAUUUACCUGCCAGUCCACCCAUCCACCCUGCCAGGCCUGCCCUCCCAGGACUGCCUUUCUUUGGACGCUGGCCCAAUCUCGCUUCUGCUGCUAGACUUCUUCAGCCUCCGAUCCGAUACCUUCUUCAACCUCCCAGAGCUCCUUUCUCCAUCCGCUGCGUACCUUCAAGUCCAGAAUCCAGUCUGGCUGACGGGCGACGCGGCUUGCACCUCCUUCGCGUCUACUUCGACCUCGUGCCCGCCUGGGAACCGCCUCUCUUGCUUGCACCCAAGCCUGCGACCGUCGAAAGAGCUACGGGACACUGAACACGGUCUGGAGCCCCCGUUGACUGCGACUACAGAGAUCCCAUCAUCGAGCUCAAACGGCGAAAUGUCCCGAGACCUAAUCGAGAAAACCCAAGACGACUACGACAGCUCAAGAGAGAAAGAAAUUGCAUCAGCAGGGGACGGAUCAUCCUCCAAAAAGGGUCGACUGUUGAAGGUUCCUUCCAGAUCAUCGUCCAAGAAGCGCCAAUCGUCACCUACCUCGACGGGACUGAGCGGAGCGACUGCGAGCGAAUCCAGAGAUAGCAUCGGUGGGCGCUCGAAAGAGUCAAAGGCAAGCAUUAUGGGUCGCCACAGGAACGGCAGCGCGUCCAGCAACCGAUCGGCUAUCGAUGCCAACCAGGCGGCAACUCCUGGCAACUCGGUGCCGAAUACAUCCAAUGCGCCAGUCCAACGGAAAAAGAAGGGCGGCCUUCUAUCCUUGUUUUGCUGCGGUGUUCCUGACGAUGCUCACGUGGUGGACAACGAGCCGGCAGAUGCCCCGACUCACAAAGUUGAGAAGCUGCCCCCACGACCAACAACUGCCAGUCGAAGGGCUCAGACUCCCUCGGAGCAUACUGCGGCCAGCAAAUCCCAAACGCAGGAGAAAGAUGCGUCACAGACACAAAAUCCUCCCGAGCCUUCCAAGGCACAGAGAGUCUCAGGUGCUACUACUCAGGACCAGUCAACUCUUGCAGAGGAAUCGAAACAAUCGACACUGAUAGGAACAGCUCCAACAGUGACUGUUGAACCACCUCGCUCUCAAGAGGCUGAGGCCGGUGCUUCAGCUUCGGAAGGUCCUGUUGCCAAGGACGGGGAUGGGGAUACCGAGAUGGUUGAUGCUGCGGCCCUCCAGGCGACCGAGCCACCACAACCGGUCGACUCUGAAGACCUUUCGAAUUUACCACCCCCUCCUGCUCCAAUGCCAGACGCGCCCACUGCGCCUCAAAAUGAGGGUGGUAUGAUUGUCGCAACAGAUCAACCCCUUCAAGAAGCUCUGUUGCCACCCAUACAACCACAUUUCAAGGGCAGGAAGUGCCUUGUCCUCGAUCUGGAUGAGACUCUAGUCCACAGUUCCUUCAAGAUUCUCCACCAAGCCGAUUUCACGAUACCCGUGGAAAUUGAGGGCAACUACCACAACGUGUACGUGAUCAAGCGGCCAGGUGUAGACCAGUUCAUGAAGAGAGUGGGCGAGCUCUACGAAGUUGUCGUGUUCACAGCGUCGGUGUCCAAGUACGGCGACCCUCUGCUGGAUCAAUUGGACAUUCAUGGCGUCGUCCACCACAGGUUAUUCCGAGAGAGCUGCCACAACCACGGUGGCAACUACGUGAAGGACCUCGCCAAGAUCGGUCGAGACCUGAAAGACACAAUUAUCAUCGACAACUCCCCCACAUCCUACAUUUUCCACCCGCAACAUGCCGUCCCUAUAAGCAGCUGGUUUUCCGAUGCGCACGAUAACGAGCUCCUAGACUUGAUACCCGUCCUUGAAGACCUGGCCGGCUCGAACGUGCAAGACGUCAGCCUUGUCCUCGACGUGACUCUUUGA